AUGUCACAUCGAGUAGUUCGAUCAACCAUGACUGAGAGAGAACUAGACUCACAUUUGCACCACAAAGCAGGUUUCAUACAUGCCCUCGGCAAUGCAGCAGAUGUAGCAUCGCUCCCAUAUGUGCUGUCGUACAUAUCCCAUAGUGAAACCCCAUCAUUAUUGAAGCGCAGCGCAGUUCGAGCUUUGCGAGACUAUCAUACAGAAGAGGCAGCCAAUCACAUUCUGUCAGUUGCUCUUUCUGACCCAGAGUCGCAUGUACGUCAUGCAGCAUGUAUACAAUACUGGAUGCAUUCCCAUGCAGUUGAUGUGCAGGAAAUACGGAAUAUAGUCAAUCUUGGAUAUCGUAAUACAAGUCUACAUAAACAAGCCGAAAAAAUACUUCAUCGUAAAAAACGAGAUACUGGCUUAUUUAAAUUAAUUGACAUCACUAUCAAACUACCUGGCAUGGAUUGGAGAAAGCAAAUCGGAACAGACAAUGUUGGUGCAAAAUUCGGUUUAAUCAUCAAAAACAUAAUAGACUUACAAGUAGAACUUUUGCGUGGACAUUUUCUCGUUGACAUCCAUGAUGAGAUCUAUGCCCAGGGAGUUUUCAAAUUUCUUGGAUACGACAUGCAGUUCAUCAAGGCGAGGGUGUGUUUUCACGGAGAGGUGAAGUAUGGAUUAAAUAUAUUCCAGGUCAAUUUAAAGUUAUUUUGAAGAUAUUCAAAUUGACAUCAAAAGAGAUGUUCUAGAAUUUUAUAACUCCAUAUCUGAUGCUAUUGAAGUUUCACUACCAUGGGCUGCGAAACAAAUAGAACUUGCUCUAGGCAAUGCUGCUGGAAGUGUUAAAGACCUGCUGAGGUCCCCCAAGACAGCAAUUGUUUCUGUUCAGAAAGCAGU